AAAUUUAAAGAGCAGUGGUUUAUUUCCGGUACUUUUUUAUUUUAUAAUCAAAACUGACAAAAAAAAUGUUUAGUAAGAGGUGCAUUUGUCGAAUUAUUUCGACUUCAAGAUUAGGAAGUCAGAAUAAAAGAUGGCACUCAAACCACGCCCGUCCUAUAGCCCAGAGUACAAUUGAUGAGGAAGAACGUGAAAAAUUCCAAAAAUUGUCACAUACUUGGUGGAACGAGACGGGGGAAUUUCAAGCUCUUCAUGCCCUUAAUGCUUUAAGAGUACCAUGGAUAACAAAUUCAUUAGUAGAAAAACAAGAUCAACCACCUCCGUUACACACAAAACCUUUGUUGGGUCUGCAAAUUUUGGAUGCAGGGAGUGGUGGAGGCAUAUUAUCAGAGCCUCUUGCAAGAUUGGGAGCGAAUAUGAUUGGGGUUGACAUGGUGGAAGACAAUAUAAGAGUCGCCCAAACCCAUUUAGAAGAGGAUCCAUCUAUCUGUGGGAGUGUGAAGUAUAUUCAGGCAACAGUGGAGGAUCUGGUGGAGACUAAUGAAGAGGCAUUCGAUGCGGUGGUGGCGUCUGAAGUGGUGGAACAUGUAUCAAAUAUUGACACCUUUUUAACUUCAUGUUGUAAGAUUAUUAAGCCUGGUGGAUCCAUUUUCUUGACCACAAUAAACAAAACUGCUCUCUCCUAUACGACAGGAGUAUUAGCAGCCGAGUAUCUUUUACGGCUCGUGCCCAUCGGAACCCAUGACUGGGAAAAGUUUAUCUCACCCGAAGAUUUACAGUUUCUAUUGGAUAAAUGUGGAUUUUCCACUACCCUAAUCCAUGGCAUGAUGUACAAUCCACUGACUCGCAGGUGGAGUUGGAUAAGCAACUCCAGUGUGAACUACGGAUUACACGCCGUUAAGUUACAUCCACAAACAUCCGAAACCUCCAGUAAAGAAAACAUGACUGAUUCAGUUGAGAGAAGUGAUUAGCUUUAAUGAUGAGAAAACUAAAAGUAUUUAUGUAAAAAGACUACUGCAUGGACCAGUUUAUUUAUACUCUUAAAGUAUUUAAUGGAGUAUCAAGAGAAAUGAAGUGCAGUGCAUGUACUGGGAUUUGUUUUGCAGGCUACAUAUGCAAGACUUGCAUAAUAAUUUUAGAUGUUCAACAGUAAAAAUGAAAAAAAAACCCAAAGUGUUUCCAUUUAUUACAGGCUAUAUACAUGUAUGUAUUGAUUUGCUUAUUUCUUAAUCUUGAAAUA